CACCCUGCUGGGCAAAGGAGGAAAAGGCAGAGGGGCCAGAUGCCCUGAAUGACUGAACGCUGAUAACAGGACGGGAAGUUCUGCUUAGGCACGUGGCCACUAACAAUUAGGAAGCCCAAACAACAGCUCCUGGAGACUCCCGCGGCUGUGCUGUCUCCUGGAGGUGAGCCCGGAGGAUGAGGCUGCUGGAAUUGCUGAUUUUCCUGGCCCACUGGGGAGUGGCCAGGGCUGAGCCAGGAAAGUUCUGGCACGUCUCUGACCUGCACCUUGACCCUGACUACAAGGUGUCACAAGACCCCCUCCAGGUGUGCCCGUCGGCAGGCUCCCAGCCAGUACCCAACGCGGGCCCCUGGGGCAACUACCUGUGCGAUUCUCCUUGGGUCCUCAUCAACUCCUCCAUCCACGCCAUGAAGGAGAUCGAGCCGGAGCCAGACUUCAUUCUCUGGACCGGGGAUGACACGCCUCAUGUGCCCAAUGAGAGGCUGGGAGAGGCGGCUGUGCUGGAAAUCGUGGAACGGCUGACCAAGCUCAUCAGAGAGGUGUUUCCAGAUACUAAAGUCUAUGCUGCCUUGGGAAAUCAUGACUUUCACCCCAAAAACCAGUUUCCAGCAGGGAGCAACAAUAUCUACAAUCAGGUAGCAGAAAUGUGGAGACCCUGGCUCAGUAAUGAAUCCAUCGCUCUCUUCAGAGAAGGUGCCUUCUAUUCUGAGAAGCUGCCGGGUCCAAGCAGGACUGGGCGAAUCGUGGCCCUCAACACCAAUCUGUAUUAUACCAAAAACGAGCAGACGGCCGGCAUGGCCGACCCGGGCCGGCAGUUCCAGUGGCUGGAAGAGGUGCUGACCAAUGCUUCCCGGGCUGGGGAAAUGGUGUACAUUAUUGGCCACAUACCCCCAGGAUUCUUUGAGAAGGCACGGAACGUGGCAUGGUUCUGGCAGGCUUUCAACAAAAGGUACCUGGAGGUGGUCCGGAGGCACCAUCAGGUCAUCGCAGGGCAGUUCUUUGGGCACCACCACACCGACAGCUUUCGGAUGUUCUAUGAUGAUGCAGGUGCCCCCAUCAGCGUCAUGUUCCUCACACCUGGAGUCACCCCCUGGAAAACGACAUUACCUGGAGUGGUCAAUGGGGCCAACAAUCCAGGCAUCCGGGUGUUCGAAUACGACCGAGCCACACUGAGCUUGCAGGAUAUGGUGACCUACUUCGUGAACCUGAGCCAGGCGAACCAGCAGGGGACGCCGCACUGGGGGCUCGAGUACCGGCUGACCAAGGCCUACGAGGUGCCUGACGCGGGCGCCCGCUCCAUGCACGCGGCGAUCGGCCUCAUACAGCGCGACUGGGACGCGCUGCAGCGCUACUAUGUCUACAACUCGGUCAGCUACGACGUGCGGGUCUGCGACGAUGCCUGCCGCGCCGAGCACGUGUGCGCGCUGCGCGAGGUGGCCUUCGACGCCUACGCCGCCUGCCUGCGCGCCCCCGGCGCCGCGCCCGCGCCCCUGCUCGCGCUGCUGCUCGCCGCGCUGCUGGGCCUGCGCGCGCUAUACGCGCCCUGACCUGCGGCGGCACCCGCCCUUCCUCAUUGGCGAGGGGCCUUUGCCACCGUUUCACUCGUGUCCGUAAAGGGGAUGGGACAGCCAGCUGAGGAAAGGAAGCCUCAAACACCCUCAGAGCACAUUCCCCUCAAGUUUCAUGUUUUAAAAGAAAAAAGUGCUCGUUGUGCAUCUUA